CACAAUUCGCAUCGUUCAGUAGUAAUAACCGGGCUUUUUACUAAGUUGCAAUCCAGUUUCUUAAGCUAUCAUCUAGCUACUUUGGCUAUCUGUGACGCUGAUAGUUACUGCGGCUAUCUAGAUACUGUGACGCAGCCUAUCGUGUCCAUCAGCUGCCCACAAAACACCCGCUUUUCCGUGACCGCUGCCAACCCCAAUGGCUGAGCAGCCUACCGCCGUCGGCGCGACUCUAGACGCGAUCCCCGCCAAGGUGGCGAUUAAGAGCCUUCGCGCGGCGAAAGGCGCGGCGCAAACCAUUAUCCCCUCCAAGCUCACCGUCAACAGCUUGCGCUUCCCGAAAUCAGUCGCCGCGGCAGUCCGAGCCGCGGUGACCGAGGCGAAGCUAACGGUUCCGGAGGCCGGGCCCGCCGGCGAGGUGGCCUCGGGGGAAGGCGACGAUCCCGAUGCGCCGCUUAUAGUGUUCAUUAACUCCAAGAGCGGAGGGCGGCUCGGGCCGGAGCUUUUCGACGCGCUUAUAACGGAAAUCGGCCCGCUUCAGGUGUACGACCUGAGCAAGGUGAAGCCGCAGGUGGCGCUGGAGACCAUCUUCGGGUGCCUGGAGCGCCUGGCGGAGCAGGGCGACGAGUCCGCAGCCAACACACGCCAGAGACUACGCAUCGUGACGGCAGGCGGUGACGGCACCGUGGGGUGGCUGCUGUCCGUGCUUGAGAAGUUCCCCUCGCCGCCGCCCGUCGCUGUCAUCCCGCUCGGCACUGGCAACGACCUCUCGCGCACCUUUGGAUGGGGUCCAGCGUUUUCGUUUCUGGGCAUAGCUCUCUUUGAGAAGCAGCUACUGGAGGUGGUCAGCGCCCGGCCAUGCAAGCUUGACGGGUGGAGCGUGCAGGUGACCCCAUCGCCUGACAUGGACACCACCCAGAUGCACCUGCCCUAUGCACUGCACCCGCAAAAGGCCGCAGAAGAGGCAGCGCCAACGUCGUUCCAAGGCAACUUCUACCUCUACUUUAGCAUAGGCAUGGAUGCGCAAGUGGCGCACAGCUUCCACACGCUGAGGGAGAGGAAGCCGUGGCUGGCCCGCGGCCGCAUGGCCAACCAGGCCAUCUAUGGCAGCUAUGGGUGCACGCAGGGGUGGUUCUGCACCUGCUGCGCUGUGGAGCCUCAAGCACGGUGUGUACACAUGAUAGCCACGUUCAGCGUGCAGAGGACCAAGGACGGCCCCUGGGAGGACCUUGACCUGCCCACCAAUCUGAGGGCAGUGGUGGUGCUCAACCUGCCUAGCUACGCGGGUGGCAGGAACCCCUGGGGCAAGCCGUCGGCUGAGCUUAACGCCAAGGAGGGCUGGUCUCCAGCACGGCCGGACGAUGGGAUGCUGGAGGUGAUAGGGCUCCGGGGCGGCUGGCACACCAUGGCCGUCAUGAGCAACAUGGUUAGGGGGGACCGCAUUGCUCAGGUGCACGGCAUGCGCAUUGACCUGCGGGGCGAGCACAGGCGGCUGGCGUACAUGCAGAUUGACGGGGAGCCGUGGGAGCAGCCACUGAGUGUGGACAGCAGGGAGCCCACCCACGUGGAGCUCGUGGCCCGGCCCGUGCAGUCCGAUAUGGUCGCGCCCCCCAAUUGCCGCCUCUUUGCUGAUGAAGGUGCUGCUGCUGCUGUUGGUGCUCCUGCUGCUGCUGCUGCUGCUGCUGCUGCGGAUGGUGGUGCUGAUGGUGCUGCUGCGGUGGCAGAGUAGAUGGUUGGGUGUCUGGAUCCAGAACGGCUUGGGAUGUGGUAAUUAGGAUGAGAGCGCUAUGGGGGAAGCAGGGCGGGAUUCGGAGUCGAAAGAGAGGGUGUAGUGUAACGCCCUAGCCAAGUUGGGUGCGCCAAGGAGUUUAGAGGGCAGUCUGGGAGCAUCAGUAGCUGUUGCUGUUGCUGGAUAAGUGUUAAUGGUGCCCGCCAGCAGCAGCAACACCAGCCGUAGUGGAGGCAUGGUAGAACGAAUUUAUAGGAUUCAACACAAUAAAUCUCUGGUAGUUAGAUCGUACCAGGUCGUAUGCAUAGUGGUAGUAAGGUAAGAAGGCAUGUGGUUGUACACUGGAGGUGGGUGCUGAUUAAGCAAGUGGGGUGCUGUAGCUGCUGAUGAUGAGAGGCAGUCUGGUGUCGUACAAGCAAAGCUACGUAUGUAUGUUUACACAGCGUUGUUGUCCAAUGGGUCUUUGGAAGUUCUACAGUUCU